AUGAAUACAUACGAGAAGGAGCAAGAACGGCUGUUGCGUCUCUGGGCAGAAGACAUUGAAGAUGAAAAGACUGAACUACCCGACGAUGACGAAGAAGACAACGAAGAAGAUGUUGUUGAAGAAAGGGGCGACUCCAAUAGCGAAGAAGAGGGCGAUAGUAACGACGAACAUGUAGAUGGAGAAUCAAGCCUACAACCGUUUUUUAUGGGGAAAGAUGGCGUUACGAAAUGGAAUAAGCAACCUUACGCCCAAAGGGUACGUAAAUCAAAAUCAAAUAUUUUACGUGAACUACCUGGAGUAAAAGGAGUUGCAAAAUCUGCACUAACACCAUUUCAAUGUUGGCAACUGUUUUUUGAUGAUUCUAUGCUAACCAGUAUUGUAGAAAAUACUAAUAAAUCUAUAGAGUCCAUAUCCAAUAAUUACGGAAGAUCUAGAGAUGCCAAGUACACUAACUUAGUUGAAAUGAAAGCUCUGAUAGGAUUGAUAUACUUAGCAGGUAUUCAUAAAAGCAGUAGAAUGAAUACAGAAGACUUAUGGAAUCGAGAUGGAACAGGAAUCGACAUGUUUUGGAUGACAAUGUCACUGCAACGUUUUCGGUUUCUUUUACGAGUAAUUCGAACCGAUGACAAAAAUACAAGGGAAGAACGUAAACAGUACGAUAAAUUGGCUCCUAUUCGAGAAAUUUUUGAUUCAUUUGUAAAAAAUUGUCAACAACACUAUACAAUAUCCGAAUUUACCACAGUUGAUGAAAAGCUGGAAGCAUUUAGAGGACGUUGUGGCUUUAGACAGUAUAUACCAUCGAAGCCAAGUAAAUAUGGUAUAAAAAUUUUCGCUUUAGCAGAUGCAAAAACGUACUAUACUUUCAACCAAGAAGUAUAUGUUGGUCAACACCUCCGGGGCCUUACCAAGUGCCUAAUGACCCAAAAAAUGUAG